CAGCCCCGACUGGGGCUUUCCCGUGCUGGGCACGGACAGGGGCUCACACUGCUGGAUCCCAGUCUCAGGGCGCAGAUGUGAUGGGAGCAGAAGCACCGGGCAGUGCCGCAGGCACCGCUGGGCACCGGCACUCAGGCUGCGCUCCUGCUCCGAGCCGGCGCCGUCCCAGUUUGCAGAAGGUGAUCAAAAAUUAAUUGUUGGAUUGUGCUGCACACGGCAGGAGCGGGGCUGAGCGUCGGCUCCUUCCCUGCCUCCGGCCUCUCCCGGCUGGAGCUCUGAGCGCGUCUGCCAGCAGAAUCCCGGCGCUGCCUCCCGCAAGGGGCUCCAGAGGAAGCAUCUGACACUUCGCUUGGGCUGGUGUCUCCACAGUUACCUCUUCUCCCUGGCGUAGCCAUGCAGACCCCGGUGCCCUGCUGCAGCCUGGCCACACGCAGCUCCCCAGGGGCUGGCACCAGCGGUGGGAGCCGCUGACGGGAUCUCGCCGGAGCCAUGCCGCCCAGCCUCGCUCCCUGAGCAGCGCCGCCGGGAUUCGGCUGCCGGCUCUGCCCCGGCACGGUUCGGCGAUGAGCGGGGGGCGCUUCUGCAUGGAGCGGUUCUCCUUCUGCCUCCUCCUGAGUGCCUGCAGCUGGGGGUGGGCGCCCGGGGGCGCCGCCAAGCCCAAGGGCCAGGGCUACCCGCACAUGAACUCCAUCCGCAUCGACGGGGACAUCACCCUCGGGGGGCUCUUCCCCGUGCACGCUCGGGGGGCGGAGGGCAAGGCCUGCGGCGAGCUGAAGAAGGAGAAGGGCAUCCACCGGCUGGAGGCCAUGCUCUUCGCCCUGGACCGCAUCAACAACGACCCCGACCUGCUGCCCAACAUCACCCUGGGUGCCCGCAUCCUGGACACGUGCUCGCGGGACACGCACGCGCUGGAGCAGUCGCUGACCUUCGUGCAGGCUCUGAUCGAGAAGGACAGCACCGAGGUGCGCUGCGUCAGCGGGGGGCCCCCCAUCAUCACCCGCCCCGAGCGCGUCGUCGGCGUCAUCGGCGCCUCGGCCAGCUCCGUCUCCAUCAUGGUGGCAAACAUCCUCAGGCUCUUCAAGAUCCCCCAGAUCAGCUACGCCUCCACCGCGCCAGACCUGAGUGACAACAGCCGCUACGACUUCUUCUCCCGCGUGGUCCCAUCCGACACCUACCAGGCCCAAGCCAUGGUGGACAUUGUCAAAGCCCUCAAGUGGAAUUAUGUCUCCACCUUGGCCUCCGAGGGCAGCUAUGGCGAAAGUGGGGUGGAGGCCUUCAUCCAGAAGUCCAGGGAGGACGGGGGAGUGUGUGUGGCCCAGUCUGUGAAGAUCCCACGGGAGCCCAAGCCGGGAGAGUUUGACAAGAUCAUCCGGCGGCUGCUGGAGACCUCCCACGCGCGCGCGGUCAUCAUCUUCGCCAACGAGGACGACAUCAGGAGGGUGCUGGAGGCGGCCAAGAGGGCAAACCAGACAGGACACUUCAUCUGGAUGGGCUCUGACAGUUGGGGCUCCAAGAUCUCCCCGGUCCUGCACCUGGAGGAGGUGGCCGAGGGCUCUGUCACCAUCCUGCCCAAGCGGGUGUCUGUCAGAGGCUUCGACCGCUACUUCUCCAGCAGGACGCUGGACAACAACCGCAGGAACAUUUGGUUCGCCGAGUUCUGGGAGGAGAACUUCCACUGCAAGCUGAGCAGGCACGCCCUGCGCAGGGGCAGCAGCGUCAAGAAGUGCACCAACCGGGAGCGCAUCGGGCAGGACUCCUCCUACGAGCAGGAGGGCAAAGUCCAGUUUGUCAUCGACGCCGUCUAUGCCAUGGGCCACGCUCUGCACAACAUGCACAAGAACCUCUGCCCUGGCAAGGUGGGGCUGUGCCCCAGGAUGGACCCGGUGGACGGCGUGGAGCUGCUCAAGUACAUCCGCAGCGUCAACUUCUCAGGCAUCGCCGGCACCCCUGUGACGUUCAACGAGAACGGGGACGCGCCAGGGCGCUACGACAUCUACCAGUACCAGAUCAGGAACUCCACCCCGGAGUACAAAGUCAUUGGGCAGUGGACUGACCACCUGCACCUAAAGGUGGAGAACAUGCUGUGGCCAGGGGGAGGGAGCCAGCUCCCCAGCUCCAUCUGCAGCUUGCCCUGCAAGCCGGGCGAGAGGAAGAAGCUGGUGAAGGGCAUUCCCUGCUGCUGGCACUGCGAGCGCUGCGACGGCUACCAGUACCAGCUGGACGAGUUCCACUGCAAGCGCUGCCACUUCAACGAGCGGCCCAACGAGAACCACACCAGCUGCACCCCCAUCCCCAUCAUCAAGCUGGAGUGGAGCUCGCCCUGGGCCGUGGUGCCCGUGUUCGUUGCCAUCGUGGGCAUCAUCGCCACGCUCUUCGUGGUGGUCACCUUCGUGCGCUACAACGACACGCCCAUCGUCAAGGCGUCGGGGCGGGAGCUCAGCUAUGUGCUGCUGACUGGCAUCUUCCUCUGCUACGCCACCACCUUCCUGAUGAUCGCUGAGCCCGACCUCAGCACCUGCUCCCUGCGCCGCAUCUUCCUGGGGCUGGGCAUGAGCAUCAGCUACGCUGCCCUGCUCACCAAGACCAACCGCAUCUACCGCAUCUUCGAGCAGGGCAAGAAGUCGGUCAGCGCCCCCCGCUUCAUCAGCCCUGCCUCCCAGCUCGUCAUCACCUUCAGCCUCAUCUCGCUGCAGCUCGUGGGCGUCUGCAUCUGGUUCAUCGUGGACCCCUCCCACUCGGUCAUCGACUACGAGGACCAGCGGACUACAAACCCCCACUUUGCCAGGGGCAUCCUCAAGUGUGACAUCUCGGACCUGUCGCUCAUCUGCCUGCUGGGCUACAGCAUGCUGCUGAUGGUCACCUGCACUGUCUAUGCCAUUAAGACCCGGGGGGUGCCAGAGACCUUUAACGAAGCCAAGCCCAUCGGCUUCACCAUGUACACCACCUGCAUCGUCUGGUUGGCCUUCAUCCCCAUCUUCUUCGGCACCUCCCAGUCGGCGGAAAAGAUGUACAUCCAGACCACGACGCUGACCAUCUCGGUGAGCCUGAGUGCCUCAGUGUCCCUGGGCAUGCUCUACAUGCCCAAGGUCUACAUCAUCCUCUUCCACCCGGAGCAGAACGUGCCCAAGCGCAAGCGCAGCCUCAAGGCGGUGGUGACUGCGGCCACCAUGUCCAACAAGUUCUCGCAGAAGGGAGGCUUCCGCCCCAACGGGGAGGCCAAGUCAGAGCUCUGUGACAACCUGGAGACACAAGCGCUGGCCACCAAGCAGACCUACGUCAGCUACAGCAACCAUGCCCUGUAGCUCCGCCCGCCUGGCACAGAGCCCGAGGGUGCCCCACGCAGCCACAGCGCUCCCCGCGGAGCCACCCGGGACAGGGAGGUGGCCGCAGGGGCUGGGGGGGGACACGCUCCCGGCGGGCAGAGCUCCUGCAGCAGAUGGAGAUCAACAGCGGCAAAAAAAAAACAGCCAACAUGAAAGGGAGAGAAGCAACAAACCCAAAGCAGCAGGCAGGGGACAGGGCAUGUGUGCCACGGGGCAGCAGGGGCAGCCUGUGGGGGAGCAGGGCACAGGCUCCAGCAAGUCUUUGGGGUAUUUCUUGUCUCCCCCCCUGUAUCCUGGCAAAAACAAAGAAGCAAACAAACUGAGACCCAACAUUUCCCCUCCUCUGCAACUCGUGAGGUCGUUUGUGGUUGUGCAGAUCCUUCUGUUUGCUCUUACUUGAGGGUCUUUGAGCCCCUCUGUUUUCUUCCGUUCCUGUCUGCCUCUGUCCCUCUUCACUCUCUCCCCCACGCCCCUCCAGAUCCUCUGUGUUGCAAACAAGCAAAAUGCAAACAAACAAACAAAAAACAGGAAAAAAAAAACAUAAAAUCGAAAUAAUUCAACUAAAAAAUAACAAAAGGACAACAAAAUAAAAGAAAAUCAAACCCAGACUGUGUCCCCAGUGCUGAUUUCUGUAGGUGGUUUGAUUCAUGUAUGUGAUGACCUUUUGGAUUGCAACCUCUCUGCUCUCUGUGCUGACCAGAGAACCACACACACAAAACCCCCACAAAGUUCAGUGCCUGGAUGUUUGUGUCUGGAUCCUGGGAGUCCCUGGAUCCUGGGGGUCCCUGGAUCCUGGGGGUCCCUGGGUGACUGUGUAGAGCAUGAAUAUUUGGACGUUUUUAUACAGCCAAUUUCUAAUAAAAGACCUUGGUUUUGCA